ACAACAUUUUUCAUUUUGCAGUGCAAUGGCGAGGACUCUGCUUUCCGCUUCGUGUCUCCUGAUUGGACUGGUAUGUUUCCCAAGUACAGAAUGUUGGGAAGCACCUUGGUUCUGUCAUGGAUAUGAGUGUCCCGUGUAUACUGUGGUACAACAGUAUGAGGGAUUUGAGGAGCGUAACUACGAAGUGAGCCAUUGGAUUACAACAGAUGUUGCGAGUACCAGUGAGAGUGAUUUAAAGGAUGGAUUUUGGAAACUGUAUUAUUUCAAUCAUGGUCAAAACAGUGAAAAUAAGGAGAUUGCUAUGAGCAGGCCUGUGCUGGUCUCAGUGAAGGAAGCUGAUGGUACGGGGGAGCAACAGGUGUCCAUUUCCGUCUUUCAGUCUGACACGGACAUUCCUGAGCCCAAUGAUAAUACCAUCAGAAAAACAGUCAUACAAGGCGGUACUGUCUACAUCAGGUCGUUUGGUGGUUUUGCAUCUGAUGAAGAUGCCUUGGAAAAUGUGCAGCAGCUUAGGGAGGACCUCAGAGCUGCAGGAAAGGUGUUUGUUGAAAACAGGUUUGAUGCAGCUGGAUAUGAUGCACCAUGGGAUUUGUUCAACAGGCACAAUGAAGUUUGGGUUCGUGCACUCUGAGGACUCGCAGAUCAAGAAAGUUCUGUUCCUCAUUCCUAUGGUGUAACGUCUUUUUACUUUGAAGUUCCAGUCUAUUGAAGAUUUUCAUGUAAAUCAUAUGACGGAUUAAUAGUUUAGUGUUCAUGUUUCUGUCUUAACCACUGGAUUAAUGUUUCAUUUUGUGCAAUACAAAUGUGGAAGUACUUUGAAGUUGCUUGACAGGGUUAUAAACUGGUUUUAGGAAUGUUAUGACUAUCAUCUACCUCUGAAGGUUCAGAUAGAUUCCAACUGAAAAUGCAGUAAAAUCUACUGAAAUCUAAUAGCUUUAACAACAAAAAAUUUGACCUCUUUAUUCAAAAAAAAUUGUUGUUCUUUUUCAUUAUACAUUCUAUGGAAGUCAUUCUAUUUUUCAAUCUAAAACAUUCUAUGAAAUGAAUUCACACACUUUUAUCAACUGAUCAAAUGAUUGAAAGCUGCAUAAAAUUAAUGGAUUCCAAUAAGAAGAAGAUAAAUAUUAAACCCUAGAAAAGACACAGAAACCUGAUACACAAAAUACAGCAAGCUUCCAAAAUACAAAGGAGAAACAGAUUUAGGAAUGAUCUGAAUGGGAAUAAUGUGAUUUUUAGGUUAUCAGGUUUCUCAUCAGCUUUUGUUCAUGUUACAAGAAGCUUCGCCCACUAAACUGGUCAAGCUAGUGAUUUAAAGCUUCCCUUAAGCCAGUGGUUUUCAAACCGGUCCUGCAAGCACCCCUAGCACCUCGCAUUUUGUAUGUCUCCUUAUAUCUGUCUCACUCAUUUCAGGUCUUGCAGUCUCUACUAAUGAGCUGAUGAGUUGAAUCAGGUGUAUUAGAUAAGGGAGACAGAAAAUGUGCAGUGCGGGGGGUGCUUGCAGGACCGGUUUGAAAACUACUGCCUUAAGCUGUUAAUGAAACUAUUUGAUUAAAAUAGCACAACAUUAAGUAAUAGAUACUAAAGAAAUGUGAAGUUGAAUGUGAAUCUUCCAGCUUGUGAAUCUUCCAACUUGUCAUUCCAGUUUGAAUCUGUAAUAAAGCAUGUGACUUCAGACAAUG